GUGUCUGCGCGCCCGGGACGCAGGGACCUGGAGCAGUUAGCUGCUCUUCCGUGGCCUGACUUUCCCGUGUUUUCACCUGCCGCGGCAGCAUGGGGCCCGGGCCGCGCACUCUGGAGUUCUUCUACGAUGUGAUGUCCCCCUACUCCUGGCUGGGCUUCGAGGUCCUGUGCAGAUACCAAAAGCUCUGGAACAUCAAGCUGAAGUUGCAGCCCACCCUCCUCGGGGGCGUCAUGCGGAGCAGCGGAAACCAGGCGCCGGGUCUGUUGCCCGCCAAGGCCCGGUACAUGAAAGGUGACCUUAAUCUCCUGAAAAGGCAUUUCCAGGUGCCCUUGAAUUUCCGCAACGAUUUCUUCUCUGAGGUUGUUCCAAAAGGAACCCUGGCAGCCAUGCGAUUCCUCACCGCAGUCAACAUGGAGCAACCACAGAUGCUGGAGAAGGUGUCCAGGGAGCUGUGGAUGCGCAUCUGGUCACGGAAUGAAGACAUAGCUGCACCCCAGAGUAUGCUAGAGGCUGCAGAGAAAGCAGGUUUGUCUGUAGAGCAAGCCCAAAACUUUCUGAAGAAGGCAUCCACAGCAGAGGUGAAGAACAAGCUCAAGGAGACCACUGAGGCAGCCUGCAAAUAUGGGGCCUUUGGGCUCCCUACCACUGUGGUCCAUUUGGAUGGUAAAACCCACAUGUUAUUUGGCUCUGACCGCAUGGAGGUGCUAGCAUACUUGCUGGGAGAGAAGUGGAUGGGCCCUGUGCCUCUAACCCAGAGUGCCAGACUCUAAGACUGCAAAGUGCUGGUAUAAACCAGCAGGACACUGGCUUUGCCCCUCCCCCUCCCCCUUGGUGCACUGGGUUUUGGGUAUCUCUUCUGUGGCCCCAGGGGCAGUCUCUUCUACCUACCCCUACCAAUCAUCCACCAUUAGCCAUGGCUGCCUUUACUUCUGCACCUUCCCAAGUGCCUUUUGGAGAAUCCCACAUUCUGCUUUCCCACAAAAUAAAGCCCAUGCCAAUCAAUAAGCAGAAGAUGUCUGGGUCAAGGUCUGCCCUGAUACUGUUGGUGUACACUUGUUCCCGUAGUCGUAUUUGUCCUGCUCCAGGGGCUGGGGCAAGAACGCUUGCCAGACUCUCAGCCCUCUCAGUCCAUGGUGGACGGAUGUGUGUGAGGCACAGGAGACAGUCCCCAUUUCUCUUACUUAGAAACCCAGGGAUCUGUGUCAGAGACAGAAUACUAAACCCCAUGAACUUACCAGCCAAGCAGCUUGCCACCUGACCAGCCACAGUGAUGAUGGUACCAGGGCUGGGACCAGAAACCCAAUAAGAGGGGGAGCCAGUGGAGGGGGCCGGAGUAUGGCCCAACUUGUGCCCAAAUAUUUAAGCCAGGCCCAGUUACAAAGACCAAUAGAACCAGAACAAAGUUAGUACACAGAGACUUGGGAAAGGUCCUCACCCCUUCCUAGUUCUCGGUUCCCUCACCAAGCAGAUGCUGAGAACACCCCUGAGCCCCUGUCUCUGACCUUUUAUAACCCAAGUGCCCUCCAAAGUACUUUAGCUUUCGCAUCCUCCAACCCAGUUGUGAAGCACUAUCCAAAGUUAGGGCUUCCGUCAGUGCCAGCGUACAUUCAUCAGAAUCCUGAGUUCCUGAGUUUCCAUUGCGCAUUCACUACUGUGGGAAGAGUUCAUUCUGAAACUGAGAUCAUAUUGGCACACCUGUCUGGAACCAAGUACAGAGCCUUCAGUAGUGCUGGAAGCCUUGAACAGCCGAUGCCAUCUUCUCUUUGCCCCAGGAGAAGAACCAGAGCCCAUCCCAUCUGUGUUCUUCCUCUCACUCCUUUUUCCAUGAUUCCUACAUCACCCAGGACUUAAAACCUGUAUUCUCUAUGCCACAAGUACAUUUCCAGGUUAACUCCUCCCUUUUUCAAAGAAGUUAAUACCAUAAAAUGAUGGGAAAAUUGUCCAAUCUUUACAAAGUUAAGAGGCAAGUUAAAACAAAGUAGAGGUCCUUGUAGACAGAAGCUGCUGGAGCACAGUGAGUGUAGGAAGUUUUACGAAUAAAGAUCAUUCUCUCCACA